AUGUCGUCGGCCAUCGUCAGCACCGUCGGAGCCGUCAUCGUCGCGACCUGCCUGUCGUGCUUCUCGUGCGGCAUCGUCGUCAGCCUGUACGGGCGGUACUACGCGCGCUUCUCGCGCGACCCGGCGUGGAUCCAAGUCGGCGCCGCGCUCGGAACGGCGUUGGCCCUCGUCGACACGGCGUUCAACGCGUCGUGGGCGUACAAGUGGGGCGUGACCUACUUUGUUCGUCCGCAAGACCUCGCGCUGCUCCCGUUCGAGCUCACGGCCUACUGCUUCGUCAUGUCGACUGCGGUGCUCGCCGUCCAGUGCUUCUACCUGUACAGACUCUACGCCGUCUCGAACCGCAACUGGAUUCCGGUCGCCCUCCUCGGCGCCAUCUCGUUCGGCUGCUACGGCAUCGCUCUUUGGAUGGGCUACGUGUGCUCGCAGAACUCGGACAACAUCCUCGCGUUCGCCGACAUCCGCACCCAGUCGUGGGGCUGGUUCGCUGGCGUCCUCGUCGUCGACCUCGCCACCACGGUCCUCAUGUUCUGGUGGCUCGUGUUCAAGCCCAAGAAGCAGUCAGGCGGCGCCGUCAAGACGAGCACGCCGCUCAAGAAGGUCGUCCUCAUGGCCGCCCAGACGAACCUCCUGUCGGCCGUCUGCCAGAUCGCGAUCGUGUUCCUGUACGCAACGUGGCCAACUUCAACGUACUACACGUUCUUCGGCCUGCCCGAGGCCAAGAUCUACAUCGGCUCGUUCCUCGCGACGCUCAACGCGCGCAGCCCACACGGCUCGGGCGCGUUCGACGAGUCGUCCCAGUCGCGCAAAGGCUUCGGCGGCCUGAGCGCCGCCGGUACCGUUGCCCAUCAACAGCCCGUGCACGUCACGGUCCGGCAGGAGGUCAACAUCGACGCCGAGGACGACGACGUGUCGCUCGCGAGCCGCAAGGGCGCCGGCGCCGGUGCGGCCCAGGGCUCGAUGCGGUUCCCGGCGACGGCCCAGUUUGCGACGCCGAGCCCGCCGUACCGGGUCCAGUUCGACGAGCAGCCGGGCAGUGUCGACGCCGAGAAGGGCGGCAGGCACAACGCUUUCUAG